AUCUCGCACGUCUAAUAUCUUACUGCUUUGAGAUUAGAAUGGCAUGAAGCGCCAGAUCACUUUGCACCCAAGCCCAAGGCUGUUCCUUCGGAGAUGACUACGACGAGUUAGACUGGCACUAAACAACCACAAACAUGUCGCUUUCGGUUCUUAUGGUGGCGGAGAAACCGUCGCUGGCGGGGAGCAUCGCUCAAAUCCUGUCGGAUGGCCGGGUCGCUUCGCGGCGUGCGGCACUGGAUGUGCACGAGUGGGAGGGGCGCUUCCGUGGCCAGCCAGCUCGCUUCAAGAUGACCUCGGUCAUUGGGCACGUCUACUCCAUCGACUUCACCGCCGCCUUCAACAGUUGGGAUAAGGUGGACCCCAGCCAGCUGUACGACGCACCCACUGUCAAGCAGGAGGCAAACCCCAAGGCCCACGUGUGCGAGCACCUUCAGCGCGAGGGCCGCGGCUGCGACGUGUUGGUGCUGUGGCUGGACUGCGACAGGGAGGGCGAGAACAUCUGCUUCGAGGUGAUGGACAACGUGGUGCCGUACAUGUCCCGGCGGGGCGGCGGCGGCGGCGGCAGUGGUGGGCAGCAGACGGUGUUCCGGGCUCGCUUCUCCGCCAUCACCGCACCCGAGAUCCGGGCGGCCAUGAACAACCUGGUGUCUCCCAAUGAGGCGGAGGCUCUGGCGGUGGACGCGCGCCAGGAGCUUGACCUGCGCGUGGGCGUAUCGUUCACACGCUUCCAGACACGCUUCUUCCAGGGCCGCUACGGCAACCUGGACGCCAGUGUGAUCAGCUACGGCCCCUGCCAGACGCCCACACUUAACUUUUGUGUGGAGAGGCACCAGGCCAUCACCUCGUUUCAGCCGGAGCCGUUCUGGGCGGUGCGGCCGCGCGCCAGCAAGGCGGGGGUGCCGUUGGAGCUGGAGUGGGAGCGGGGGCGCGUUUUCGACCAGGACGUGGGCGGUAUGUAUGCGGCUCUGGUGCGCGACGCCAAACGGCUGCGGGUGGUGGACGUGGGCGAGAAGGAGGACCGCAAGAGCCGCCCGCACGGACUCAACACAGUGGAGCUGCUCAAGUACGCCUCGGCCUCGCUGGGACUGGGCCCCGCACACGCCAUGCAGGUUGCGGAGCGGCUGUACACGUCCGGCUACCUGUCCUACCCGCGCACCGAGUCGUCCGCCUACCCGCCCAACUUCGACAUCAACGGCAACGUAGCGGCGCUGCGCAACCACCCCGUGUUCGGCGGCUACGCGUCGGCACUGCUGCAACAAGGCAUCAAGCACCCGCAGGGCGGCACAGACGUGGGCGACCACCCGCCCAUCACGCCCGUGCGCUCCGCUACCGAGACGGAGCUGGGCGGCGGGGACGCCUGGCGCGUGUACGACUACGUGGCACGCCACUUCCUGGGCUCGGUCAGCCCGGACGCAGUCUACCGCAAGACCAAGGCUGUGUUUGAGGCGGGCGGGGAGAUGUUCACAGCCACGGGCUGUGUGGUGGUCAAGCCCGGAUUCACGUCCAUCAUGCCUUGGAGGGCCACCCAGUCGGACUCGCUGCCGCCGCUGAGCCCCGGCGAGCACCUGACCUGCUCCGAGGUGGAGCUGUACCAGGGCCGCACCUCGCCGCCCGACUACCUGACGGAGUCGGACCUGAUAGGGCUCAUGGAGAAGUACGGCAUCGGCACCGACGCGUCCAUACCCGUGCACAUCAACAACAUCUGCGAGCGCAACUAUGUGUCGAUCCAGGCGGGUCGUAAGGUGGUCCCCACGGAGCUGGGUAUCACCCUCAUCCGCGGGUAUCAGCUCAUUGACCCCGAGCUGUGCAAGCCGCAGGUGCGCGCGCACGUGGAGCAGCAGCUGGACCUGAUCGCCAAGGGCAAGGCCGACAAGGAGGCGGUGGUGGCGCACACGGUGGAGCAGUUCAGAGCCAAGUUCCUGUUCUUCGUGAGCCACGUGACGCGUAUGGACAGCCUGUUUGAGGCGUCCUUCUCGCCACUGGCGUCCAGCGGCAAGCCGCUGAGCAAGUGCGGCAAGUGCCGGCGGUACAUGAAGUACAUAUCGGCCCGGCCGCAGCGGCUGUACUGCAGCACCUGUGAGGAGGUGCUGCCGCUGCCGCAGGGCGGCGCCAUCAAGUUGUACAAGAGCCUGGCCUGCCCGCUGGACGGCUACGAGUUGCUGCUGUUCAGCCUCAGCGGCCACGACGGCAAGACCUACCCGCUGUGCCCCUUCUGCUACUCCAACCCGCCCUUCGAGGGAGUCAUGAAGGUGGGCGUGGAGGGGGCGGUGGGCAGCAAGGCGGGCAUGCCCUGCGCCACGUGCCCGCACCCCACCUGCCCGCACUCCAUGGCGUCAGUCGGCGUGUUCAAGUGCCCCAACCCCACCUGCGAGGUAGGCACGGUGGUGCUGGACCCGGUGUCGGGCGCCGGCGGCGCGGGCCGGUCGCGUCUGGACUGCAACCGCUGCAACUUCCUCAUGUACCUGCCAGCCAACAUGCACAGCGUCAAGGUCACACGAGACACGUGCGAGGACUGCGGCGGGCGCCUGCUGGACCUGGACUUCAAGAAGGGGGCGCUGCCGCCCGCACUGGCGGCGGAGGCGGAGGACGGCAGCAAGAUGACGGGCGUGUGUGUGGUGUGCGACGAGGAGGUGUCAAAGCUGUGCGAGGUGAAGAACGCGCACGCCUUCGCAGCGCGGCGCGUGGGGCCGCGCGGGCGCGGCCGUGGGCGGGGCCGGGGCCGCGGCCGUGGGCGGCGCCGGGACCCAAACUUCGACCCCAAAAUGUCCUUCCGCGACUUUUGAGCGCGUCGAGGCGGCCUUGGUGCAGGGCCGUGGAAGCAGGGCGCGACUGUAUAGUGCGCUGAGGUGCAGGUGUGUCUUUAUCGUGAGGCGGGAAGUGGAUGCAGCUGCAAGUUUUAUUGGUGCCUUUGGUGGGUGUGGCUCUGGACCCAGGCCGGAGAGAGCGCAGCUGCUUCGGGUUUUGCUGCCGCAUGUGCCGCCCUGCUUUCGGCUUUCGCCGCGUAUUGACAUGUGUAGUAUGCUAUACAUUAGCCCAGGGGCUCCCUCGUGUCGAUAACUCGCAGUUCAAUUCGGUUCACGUAAGGGCGCCAACUCAUGAUGACCUCCAGCUUCUUUGUCAGGACCCGACGCGCAUCGAGUUUGCGCACCUUCUUUUACCUCGCGAACU